AAUAAUAUAGAAAGCUAGUGAAGUUCUCAUGAAUAUUAAAAUGGGAUAAAUUAUAAUAAGAUUUAUAUAUAGAGGAAAUAUAUCCUUAUCAUGUAUUUAUAUAUUUAUAUGAUUUUAUUACAAAUCUUAAUGAUAAAUGGAAGUUUUGAUGAUGUGAAAUCAAAUUUCGAUAGAUGGGUCAUUGAAUUGGGCAAAUCCUUCAGUGAACUACACACGAUAACUGGUGAACCAUAUUUAAAGUCUAUUUAUAAAACUACCAAUUUUGGUGCACAAGAAAUUAAUGAAACAAUUGCAACUACAUAUCUUAAUACAGCCAUUAAAAAACUUGAAAAUAUUGUUAGUGAAAAGACGAAAUUAGUUGAAAAUAUCAAAGUUGCAGCUGAAGAAGCCUUUGUGAAAAGAGCUGAAAAUGAACCAAUUGGGGUUAGUUCAUAUUUUAUUUGA